AUGAAGCACGACGAGCUCGAGACCCUCGCUUCCAAGCUUUCCGGGGACUUCCGGUCCAUCGAGCCCCAUCUCAGGGACCUCGACAAGCACCUCACGCUGAGGACCUACCUGGAGGGGUACAGCUUGACGGACCUCGAGAAGCAGGUCUGGCAGACGCUCAAGGCCAACAAGGCUGCCCUGGGCUUCAUCCGCCGCAACGGGCUGCCCAACGUCACCCGAUGGUUCACCUUUGUCGAGCAGUCCCACCCUGAGAUCCAGGAGGACACCAAGGGCGGCGAGGCCAAGAAGGCCGGCGCCAACUACAACCUCGCCCUUCAGGACACCGACAAGGGCGUCGUGACCCGAUUCCUGCCCGAGCCCUCCGGCUACCUGCACAUUGGGCACGCCAAGGCUGCCCUUCUCAGCGACUACUUUGGCCAUGUCGCCUACAAGGGCCAGAUGCGCCUGCGACUCGACGACACGAACCCCGCCAAGGAGAGCGAGGAGUUCCAGGAUGCCAUUGUCGAGGAUCUCGCCCUCAUGGGCAUCAAGGCCGACACCCUGACCUACACUUCGGACUACUUCGACUACCUGUACGACAUGUGCAAGAAGCUCAUCUCGAUGGGCAAGGCCUACGCCGACGACACGGACCAGGAGACGAUGCGUGCCCAGCGAAUGGACGGCAUCCCCUCCAAGCGCCGCGACCGAUCCGUCGAAGAGAACCUGCGCAUCUUUGAGGAGAUGAAGAAGGGCUCCCCGGAGGGCCUGACGCACUGCAUCCGCGCCAAGAUCUCCUUCGACGACCCCAACAAGGCCAUGCGCGACCCCGUCAUCUACCGGUGCAACAUCAACGACGCCCACCACCGCACCGGACGCAAGUGGAACAUGUACCCCAUGUACGACUUUGCGUGCCCCGUCGUCGACAGCCACGAGGGUGUCACCCACGCCCUGCGCUCCACCGAGUACACGGAUCGCAACCCCCAGUACCAGUGGUUCCUCGACACGCUGGGCCUCCGCCAGGUUCACAUGUGGGACUUUGCGCGCAUGAACUUCAUCCGCACGUUUCUCUCCAAGCGCAAGCUGGCCAAGCUGGUCGACACGGGCAAGGUGUGGGGCUGGGACGACCCGAGAAUGCCCACCGUCCGAGGCGUGCGCCGCCGCGGCAUGUCGGUGGCUGCGCUGCGCGACUUCAUCAUCCGCCAGGGCCCGAGCCGAAAUGUCGUCGUCAUGGACUGGACGAGCUUCUGGAACGCCAACAAGAAGGAGAUUGACCCCGUCGUCCCUCGGCACACGGCCCUGCUCCAGAAGGACUUGGUCAAGGCCAAGCUGAUCGGCGCCGAGGCCCCCACGGGCGUCGUUGUCGAGCAGCGCGCCAAGCACCCCAAGAACCCAAGCGUCGGCAUGAAGGACGUCGUCUUCUCCCCAGAGAUCUACAUCGACCAGGCCGACGCCAAGAGCUUCAAGGUCAACGAGGAGGUGACGCUCAUGGGCUGGGGCAACGGCUUCGUCCGUGAGCUCCCCGCCGAGGACCCCAUCAAGAGCAUGACGGUUGAGCUCAACCUCAAGGGCGACUUCAAGGCCACAGACAAGAAGAUCACGUGGCUGUCAGCCCAGGGCUUCGACCUGGUGCCGGCAGAGCUGUGGGACUUUGACUACCUCAUCACCAAGGACAAGCUCGAGGAGGACGACAACGUGGAGGACUUCCUCAACCCCAACACCUCCAGCGUCGAGGAUGCGUGGUGCGAUGCUGGCGUGGGCAAGCUCAAGGCUGACGACAUCAUCCAGCUGGAGCGACGCGGCUUCUACCGGGUAGACAAGGGCCUGAAUGACUGGAAGCAGGGCGAGGCCGGGCUCAAGGGCCCGAGGGUGGUGCUGUUCAACAUCCCGACCGGCAAGGCAUCAAAAUAG